CGAGAAGGAGGAUGUGGAAGGGUUCUCUCUAGCAAGGGCGCUUAGACUUAGACACGACCUUCCUUCGGGAGUUUAUCAUCUUGUUCAUGGGCGCUAGCGCCGAGGGUGCUAGUGGAAUAUAACGGUCCUUAAGGAGGAUACGUUUCAGUGGUAUCAGAGGGGAACGUUUCUCCUUGUGAGGGUUCACUAUGGCUGAAGCGAGCAAGGCCGCAGAGGGUUCCGGAGAGAACAUGGCUGUUGAUGGAGCGCCAUCCGAGACGCCAAGCGUGGGCGCUGUGGCAUCUGGCGUGGAAUGGAGCCAUGGGCAAAAUGCCUUUGUGGCUAGGCCUCCUCCGGUGGCUUUUGGGAGCUAACAAGAAGAACAAGUUCUUCAAGCGCAAGGGGCCCGAUGGGCCGUCUGGGUCGCAGGGCAGCGGGAGCGGCAAUGGGGCAGGCAACGGCAAGAAGGCCAAGACCGGUGGCGGCGGACAGAGCGGUGGGGGUCCCGGCGAGCAUGGCAAGAUUAGCAGGGCCGAGCGCGAUAGGCGUUUCAAGGAGGGCCUGUGCCUGUAUUGCGGGGAAAAGAACCACAAGGCGGCAGGGUGCCCCAAGAAGUCUAGCCAGGGUCCGGUAAACUAGCUAGUCAAUUUGUUAGUGAGCGGCAAAUUGACGAUGGCACCACAGAACAAGUAAGCUUGAACGAUCUUGUACCAACGGAUUUUGAGCUUGUGGAAAGUUUGACUGGCAAGACGUUUUCUGCCGGAGUCGCCGUUGCGGGCGGAUCUCAUGCUGCUGGAGCUCACAUGAUUCUUUUCUCAAGCGCGAUGUUUCGGGUAAACAUUGUUGGAUCAAUG